AUGACGCAGAAGAAAGAUCCAGCUCAGAAGGAAGCAACCCCGCCUAAGACCAGCCGGGCGAAGCGUAAGCCGGCUGCUGCCGACGAUGGCGGCAGUCCAUCUGAAGAGGCCCCCGUCGUCAAGCGGCCGCGUGGAAGGCCUGCCAAGGACCCGUCUUCGCCAACGAUGAGGACCCGGUCUUCGAAGCCAGCCAUGCCGACACCCAUGGCCACCAAGGUUUCUGCCAAGACAAGAAAGGCUGCAGAAACGCCGGCGCCCGACGCCGACGGGAACGUCCCGUCCACGAGCAAGGGACUUCCACGGAAGGCACCAAGGGUGAGCCGCAAGCCACGAUCGCGGAGCUCCUCUCCGAGCACUGGUGACUCUGUUGCUACCAAGGCUCCGAAGCGUGGGCACCGCUCGCGGAGUCGCUCACGUGGCAGCAGCAGUCACCAUGCGAAGAGGGGAAGGAGCCGCGCUAGGUCGAGUCACUCCUUCCUCAGCGGCCGAGGGGGCCACAAGCGCAAAAGCGGCCGUCGAGGACCGUCUACCGCCGACGCCGAGAGCAGCCGCGGAAUGAAAAGAGGACGCAGCAAAGGCCGACGCCACCGCUCGAAGAACCACUCCUCUGCCGCGAGCACGACCACCACGGGCACAGGUGGCGGGAAAACGGCGCCGCCACGGCCGCUCAUCGUCGAGCCGUGGAGGCAGGCGGGUCAAGUCCAAGAAGGCGCCAAGCAGCACUUCGUCGAAGCCUCGGCGUGCCAAGCGUACGAGUGCUCGCAAGGCCAGAAAAAGUGGCAAGUAAAAAGAUCUCGAUGA